AUGUUCUUCGGCAGUGCGUUGACGGUGUUCGUGAUGGUAGGGUUUGGUGCUUUGUUGGCCACUGGCGAUGACAUCGGCUCGGAAACGGAUUUGAUGAUAUCGGCCGACGGUAUCCUGAACGAGCAGCUGAUGCCCAUCACGUACCUAAUGCUGGACGGUGGUGGGUGUGAUCCGAGCUCGCGGGAAAGCUGUGCGCUGGGUAGGGAGGCCGAAGGUCGUACCGAACCGUCGGCCGAACUGCCGCUGAAGGAGCUCGGUAGUGAUGCCAGCUACAGCAGUGCGCUUUCCACGCUCGAAUUUCAUCGUACCAUGAUCAAUCUGUACCGCUGCAAGGGCUUCCUGGCCAAGCGCAUCAUCAACGUGGUCCCGGCGCAAUCGCAACUGUUCAAGCGCAUGAGCGCGGCCCAGAUGCCCAACAGUUCCGCGCUGGUAAUGAGCCAAGACCCGACCGACGGUAUGCUGUACGAUCCCGGCUCGUCCGGCUACAAAGAGUGGCUUACCAAAACAUCCACGCUGGACGACAUCUACGAAAACUUCCUCUCGAUGCGGAAGGCUAACGAUACGGUUAGCCGCAAUCUGCACCAGGCGGCCUCCACCACCAUCAACCGGGUGUCGGAGUCCGCGAGCCAGCCAGCCUCGAACUCGCGCCUCAGCCAGGAGGAGUACUUUGACGAGGGCAUCAUUACCGGGUACGCCAUGCAGCCGGAUCAGGUUGGCGGAGUAGCGCCCGGCGGCGCAGGAAACUACGAACGUUACGGUCAGCAGCAGCAGCAGCAGCAGCAGCAUCAUCACCAACACCAGUACGGUUCGCAAGAUCUACAGCUCCGACACUCCAAGUACCAGCGAGGACUGCUGCAGGGCGAGGCGGACGGCGGUGGCGGGUACGAAGCGUCCCGCGGGGAUUACGGCUACCAUCACCAUCACCACGCGCCGAUCGUCGAGUACGAGGAGAAAACGCUCGACAAGAGCAGCAGCCUGCUCGGGCUGAAGGAUCUGUUCGACAUUGCGCUGACCACGCUCGCCUACCUGUCGUUCGGCAUGUUCAUACUGCAGGUCAUCAUGUGCAUCACGAUGACGAAAAGCGACUCCAGCAUGAUGAUACUGCCGACCACGCCCGAGGUCGAGGUGGAGGAGGACGAGGGCCGUCGCUUUGCGCGCUCGCUCACCGUGGACGGGUCGGUGCGGACCCGCGAACUGAACCAGCUGGCCCGGUAUGUGCUGGACUCGAUCGAUGCGAUUGGGAGCGGCGGGCCGGAACCGGACCGCUGCCUGCAGGCGUGCCUGUGCAGGGCGAACCGGUUCUCGCGCACCCUCACCGGCAUCCCGGGGUAUUGGGUAAGCGUUUGGAGGUAAGUAGCGGAUUUCGGGUUUGGCGAGACAUGACACCGUUACCUGCUUGCCAUGUUUUUAUUUGGUUUUCGCAGCUUCGGCGUAUCCUGGCUGGCUCGGUACAAGCAUCCUUCACGCAACAACCCAUCGUUCGCGCUGAAGUGCAUGAGUGCGGCGAUGAUAGGGCUUGGCAAUGGGAAGUGCGCGGAACUGUACCCAUGUGGUGGUGGGAAAAAAUCCAAACCAUCCUAGGGAGGAAGCGUGGCGCAGUCAAGAUUGUACCAUAAAAGCAAUCUAUAGUUUUUUUUUUUUUGUAUUGCAUAAAUAAUUUAUAUUGUAACUCCGGCACGUAUAAAGAACAUCAAGUGUGGCAGAUACGGUUGUAAGACAGUGACAAAGUCCGAAUAA